CCGCACACACAAAACCCCGUCUACAAAGCAAGAUGACCCACAAGCUUGCCUUCACGCGCCGUUUCAUGUAACCCCCGUUAACCGGCACUCGGUGCAUGCUCGUCCAGCCUAGGACACCGCAUGCCCUCCCCUCUCCUCUGGAAUAAAAAGCCCUAGCAGUCAGUCCGUGCUUCAGCAGCAUGCCCGACAGUAACGGCGCCGAUCCCGACGGCUCGCGCCACCGCCACCGCGCGCAGGCAGAAGCAGAAAAGCCGGAGCAAAGCGCCUCGUGCCAGCCGACGUCGUCUGGCGUUUUGGAUAAACUGUUUGGAAAGAGGCUGCUGCAGGCUGGGAGAUACAUCAUGUCCCAUAAAUCCUGGAUGAAGACCGUGCCCACAGAGAACUGCGACGUCCUCAUGACUUUUGCAGACACCACAGACGACCACACGUUACUGUGGCUACUGAAUCAAAUACGCCUCGGCAUCCCGGAACUUAUCAUCCAGAUACGACACCACAAACACACAAGAGUCUAUGCGUUCUUCGUCACAGCAACAUAUGAAAAUCUGUUGCGAGGAGCAGAGGAGAUGGGUCUACGGAAAGGUGUGAAGCCAGAGUUCGGAGGUGGAUCACGCAACUUCUCUUGUGAGGAGGACUACAUUUAUGAGAACAUUGAGAGUGAAUUGUGCUUCUUCACAUCACAGGAACGCCAGAACAUAAUCAAAUACUGGCUGGAUAAUCUCCGAGCCAAACCAGGGGAGGUCCUUCACAACAUCCACUUUCUUGAAGGGCAGCCCAUAAUCCCAGAGCUAAAGGCACGAGGUGUGAUCCAACAAGUCUUCCCCCUACACGAGCAGAGAAUUCUGGGCCAGCUGAUGAAAUCGUGGGUGCAAGCUGUGUGUGAGAAGCAGCCCCUGGAUGAUAUAUGUGAUUACUUUGGAGUGAAGAUCGCCAUGUACUUCGCCUGGCUGGGUUUUUACACAACCUCUAUGCUGUAUCCUGCUGUGAUAGGAUUCGUACUGUGGAUGCUGACUGAGACUGAUCAGACCAGCAGAGAUAUAUGCUGUGUAGUGUUCGCCCUUUUUAACGUGGUGUGGGCUACGCUGUUCCUGGAGAGAUGGAAGCGAAGAGGGGCGGAAUUGGCUUAUAGAUGGGGCACCUUGGACACACCAGCCGAAUCACUUGAGGAGCCACGGCCUCAGUUUAGGGGUGUGAAACGGUGCAGUCCCGUGACGGGCUGCGAGGAGUUUUAUUACCCACCUUGGAGGCGGAGGGUGUUUAGAUGGUUGGUUAGCUUUCCUGUCUGUAUUUUCUGCCUUUGCUUUGUCUUCCUGGCCAUGCUCAUCUGCUUUCAGCUUCAGGAGUUUGUGAUGGGGAUUAAAGAGCUGCCACGGGUGGUGAGGUUUAUCCCUGAAAUCCUACUGGCCAUCACUGUGACUGCAUGUGACGAGGUGUACAGAAAGAUAGCCUGCUGGCUUAAUGACAUGGAGAAUUACAGACUCCAGAGUGCCUAUGAGAAAAAUCUCAUCAUCAAAAUGGUUCUUUUUCAGUUUGUAAAUUCAUAUCUCAGCCUUUUCUACAUUGGAUUCUACCUCAAAGACAUGGAGCGUCUAAAGGAGAUGCUAGCAACACUGUUGAUAAUCCGUCAGUUCAUGCAGAAUUUGAAGGAAGUGCUGCAGCCGUACCUGUACGAGCGCCACCGCCUGGGAGAGCUCACUUUGCGUGCCGUGUGGGACCUCCUAGUGUCAGCAUUAAUAAAGUAUGGACGUCUGGCAGUUGGAAGGGCGUAUAUGUCUCCUAGCAAACCCAGCAUCCCCGGGCAGGCCCUGCAAGGAAACCAGCAAGGUGUUCUGAGCCAGCAAGAGCGUUAUGAGCGCAAGUGUCUGAACGGAGGCUGUGGCGUCCCAGACGAGGAGCCUGAGGAAGAGUGUGGAGCGAGGAACAGUGCAGAGGACACAGAGGAGGAGAAUGCCAUCGACUGUGGCCUCAAACUGCGCAAAGUCAGCUUCAUCGAGAAGGUGGACCGCAAGUCUGUCGGUUGCAUCGGUCCCCUGGAGAAGAGCUUCCUGGAGGAAGGGAGCCCCACCAUGGUGGAGAAGGGCAUGGACCCAGCAUUGGUCUUCGAGAUGUGUGACGAUGACGAUGAUGCCAUCUCAGAGACAAAGGAACAGGUCGCAGAGUCAAAUGUGCCUGAGGGCGGUGGUCUGCCAAAGCUGCAGAAAAGAGGCCGGAGUUUGGAGAGGGCUGACAGUAAGAGCAAAAGAGAGUCAUGGAUGGAUCCCCCUGAGGAGCAGGAGACCACUACACUCACACAAGCUGAAAUCGAGAGCUGCAUGCAAACAUAUGAGGACACAUUCCAGGAUUACCAGGAAAUGUUUAUUCAGUUUGGCUAUGUGGUGCUCUUUUCCUCUGCCUUCCCACUGGCAGCCAUGUGUGCCCUCAUUAACAACAUCAUCGAGAUCCGCAGUGAUGCCUUCAAGCUCUGCACCGGCCUCCAGAGGCCAUUCGGCAUGAGAGUGGCAAGCAUUGGCCAGUGGCAGACACUGAUGGAGGCGAUGGGUCUGAUAGCAAUCAUCGUGAACUGUUACUUGAUUGGGCAGUGUGGGCAGCUCCAAAGGCUUUUCCCUUGGCUGAGCCCUGAGAUGGCUAUCAUCUCUAUCGUAAUCUUAGAGCACUUUGCUAUCUUACUGAAAUACGUAAUUCAUGUGGCAAUCCCUGACAUCCCCAGCUGGGUAAGCGAAGAAAUGGCCAAACUAGAGUUUCAGCGCAGGGAGGCAUUCAAGAAACAUGAGCGCCAAGCACAGCAGCACUUCCAGCAACAGCAGAGAAGAAAAAGAGAAGAGGAAGAACGGCAGCGGCAAGCUGAGUACCAGGCCCGGCGGGAGCGGGACGAUGGUCGGCCAGACACCUCUGGAGGUGACCACCAUCACGAAAAGAGUCAAGGAGGUAAAUCCAGAUCUGGAGGUGGGGGUGGAGGUUCUGUAAGCGACAAACCGAAGAGACCCAGCUCGCUGCUGGCCAACAACAACGUAAUGAAACUCAAACAGAUCAUCCCUCUGCAGAGCAAGUUUUCUUCUGGCACGGCUCGUUCGCCGCAGUCACCAACGGGGACUGAACCGAAGCUCCCAGGCUUCCUUAGCUUCAAGUUCCUCAAGUCUCCAGAAAACAAAAAGGAAGCAGCAGCAACAACAGCUUCAGCUUCUGCCAAUCCUAGCAUGGCUGCACUCGGACAGGAGAGAUCUCAGUCCCCCAGCAAAUCUUUCAAUCCUGGGAAACUGUUCAAUUUUGGGAAAUCAGAUGGUGGGGCAUGUAUGAAUGGGGCUCAGCUCACAAAACCAGGGGAGGGGGUACAGCCAGUGGAGAAGCCGCUAACAAGGUCUGAUCUCAAUGAUGUGCCAGACGAGAUCCCAUCCCCAGGGGAAGAAGAACUGGAGAAUGGAAACGUAUUAGACUCUGAGUCCUCAGGCCCUAAAAUCUAAGUCCAAUAGGAACACCUACUGUAGAAAACUGACUAACAAAGGGAAACAGAAGGUUCUUUCAGUGCCCUUCAGCACAGUGAAAGACUAAGCCUAGAGGCUGUGAAGUAAUACUGUGGGGAAAAUGAAAUAGUGUUGUUUUUUCUUUUUCUUUUUUCUUUUUCUUUUUUUGCUGAGGAGCAUAGGCUUUUGAUGACCCCUCCCCUACAUACACACACAAUGCCUUUUGUCUACAAUACAUACAGGAAUGCAUGAGCUGCGUUUCUAAUGCAUUUUGAAAAUUAUAUUCCGGAAAGAAUCCUGCAGUUUUAAAUUAUCAUGGUCGGAUAAUUGUAAGCAUUUUAAGCACCCUUCAUUUGAAAAAUAUUUUCCCAUCAGUUUUAUAUCAUACAGUCAGACCUUGAAAAAAGAAAAAAAAAAACACAGAUUGAUAAACAUUAUCGGUUUGAGCUGUGUGUUUUUAAUCAUGAAAACUUUUAUACAUAAAGCAGCUGAACUAGUUUAGCAAUUGCAGCAGUAUUUCAUGAAUAAAGAGGUGCUGUAAACCUGCAAGUUAGAGAAAUUCCUGCAUCACUAGAACAUAUAGUUUCGAACUGAAUAAAAAAAUGCAAUAUCUCUAUUUUGAAUGACAGAUACGCAGGUUUGUGAGAAACAGCCAGGAGUCAUUCUGAACGUGUAAAACUGCGUAAAACCUUGAGGCAAGCGUGGCAAGGGCAAAAUGUGAACGUGUUAGUAUAGUGUAUGUGAGGCUACUUCAAAAUACAAUCUCUUAUGGGAGAAAAAGUGCAGAUAACUGCUUUAAAAGAUGUUUCCCUACUUUGUUAGUAUAGCCUAAAAUAUACGUAGAAAAUGCUGGAGGUCAGGACUAUCAUGGUACUAAAAUAAAAAAAAAAUUAAAGUGUGUGCGUAUGAAUCCUCCUGUGCAUCUUAAUAGAGUACUGAACCUAGAGUAUAGCAUUUGACCGGAACGUUUAAUUUUUUGGCUCUUACGCUGGUACAGUAUGGAGGAGGAGUGAUUUUUUUCCAGAUUUGUGAUGAAGACAUUCCCUUGAUUUGCAACUCAAAAGCCUGCUGGACCAUCAUAAAAUACAAGCAUUGCCUUGCAAAAGGGAUCCUUUGGGGAAGUGUAGUAAUGCGUAGCAUUUCCAUUCCCACAGUUCAUACUAGUUGCAGCCUCAGAGAACAUUUUGCACUAAAUCCUACUGCUGGUGGGAGGGAAGGACUUCCUAAUCUAAGAAUAGGAGAACACCAGCUUGCCUCAUAAUGUAUGCAAAUGCUUAAUUAUUGUUUUCAUUGCAAUGCACUACAGAAGCAUUAUUAACCCAUCUGGUUUCUGUACAUCUUGGUGCUUUCUCUAUCUUCGGUCUACCCUGUUUAUGUUGCCUAUUCAUUCCUACCUUGUCUUUUGAUUUCAUUACCUGCUGAUUUUGUUACUUGCCAAAGCAAAACAGAAAUACUUUGUGCUUUGUGAUGAAGUGUGUUUGUAAAGCCAUAAUCGCUUCAAAUAUUUUAGCAGAAGAUACAUUCAGUUUGCGGGAAAAAAAACUAAACUCAUUGCAGCUCUGAUGACCAGUUAAUUGAAAAUAGAAGAAUACAUAUAAUUCCAACAGUGUUUCAGUGCUGCACACGGAAGGUGAUUAAGGUUCCAUUAAUUCAGUAUUAAUUCAUUUGUAAUCAUAUUAAAACAAUCAUCAGCUUUAAAAUGUAGCCUAUAGUUGGAUUUCAGCAAUCUGCUCAUUGACUGAACUGCAAAGGAAUUAAAAAUCACUGAAAUGGAAUUGACCCCAAACUGGAACGGCAAACAAUUUGCAUAGGGGUUUUUCAUGAUUUAUUAGCAUUGCCCAAAAUAAAAAAUGGACAAAGGACAAAUGAUUUAAAAGGAAUGAUAAGCCAGUUAAUAAACGAUUCUUCUGAUAUGCCCAUCGAUGGAUUUGAACUAAAGCAAUUCUGUUUGUUAUCAGUAAGAUACAUGUGAUUUGAUGACAUUUUUGUGUGAAAAGAACGAGUGGUGCCAGGGAUAAAAAUAAUCAGUUUUAUUUAGUAUUAUAGUAAUGUGAUGAGUAACGGGAACUAUGCACUUAUUUCCUCAUUUCAUUAACAGAGUUGGCUCAAAUAACUGUUGCAAUAAUAUGUCAGCCUGAACAAUAAUCCUUACUCAUCCAGAUCUGAGGUUUUAUGUUCUGAAUGUUAAGUAAUGUCAAAAAGUCAAAUUUUAACUAGGUAUCUGGUCUUUUGCAAUGUUAACUUUUAUGUGUUAUGAUGUUCAUACAACCCAUCUGUUAGCCCUAUCCAAACCUCCUGAAUCGGCCCCAUGCUUCCAUUGGAUCUGAAAUAAGAGAAAUAGUCAACUUUGAGAGACUUCUAAUAUUUUGAACAAUUUCAUCCCUCUAAGUUUAAGCGUUUUUGAAUAUUGCAUUUUAUUAUAAUACAAAUGAUAUGAUAAUCACAAACGAACUACCAAACUAUUUCCUGUCAACUAUUUUAUAGUAUAUAGCUAUUUAGAGUUAAUAGUAACAUGCUCCCAUGGAAGUAUUUAAUGCCUUAAAAAGUGUAUUAAACACACACACACACACACACACACACACACACAAGGCAUUUAAAAAGCAAUGACAUUUCAUAAUCAAUCAAGUAUUUAGAAAUUAAAAUGUGAUCUUUAGCAAAGUUUAAUUGUAAUUUUUAACAAAGGCAAAAAUUCUCUGGAGUAUUAAGGAAACAUACAUCAUGGACAGGUAGAUAUAACUGUGGGUUAAAAAUAGAUUUUCAUUUCAAUUUCAUUAUUUAUUAAUGACAAUAUUUCCUCGACAGAAAAAGUCUCUUAUUCUGUGCAAAGUGAAAUAAUACCGUGGCACGGCGUCUGUGUUCUACAAAUAUGAGAUGAUAACCUACCAUUCCUACCCUAUUAUCUUGAGUGUUACUCUGUAUUUAUAGCAAAAUGUUGAAUUUGGUGUCUUAGUUGAACUAAAGAACAAUAUGGAUGCUGCAAGGUUUCUGUCAUAUUUGUCCAGCAGUUACUGUCAUCACCAGUUAUUCAUCAGUUAAUGUUGUUUAAUAAGAUCAGACAUUUAUUUUUUACUAAUCUAUAACAAUACCUUACAUGUGACUUAGGAACCGUGGUUUAUGUUCGACCCUACUGUGAAUAAUUAAUGGGCUAUUGAUUUAUAUUUGCUUUUAAGAAAUUGCCACUCAGAAGCGGAUAUGUGCGGUUACAGACAGUGGAAGAAGAGAGCCUAGUAGUACUGAAAUGUGUAGAAUUCCUUCUCUGAAGGCAACCUCACAAACUAACAUGCUCUUCCAAAACACCACUGUAAAGUUUCUUUCAUUUUCAAAGAAAAUGAUCAUAGGAAAUGGUCUUAUUUAUUUCUGUUGAUUUUUUUUGUCAUAUUUUUGUAAGACCUAAAAUGGAAUAAUAAACAGUU